UACCGGCUCCCUGCUCCAGCUCGCUGCUCCGGGCUCGGCGGCGCGGCCUGGGUGGGCAGCGGCGCUCCGCGCCCCUCCGGCCGGGCUCGCCAUGCAGGGCCCCGCCGGGAACACGAGCCGUGGGCUGCCGGGCGGGCCACCUUCCACGGUGGCUCCCGGGGCGGGCCGUUGCGAGAGCGGCGCGCUCAUGCACAGUUUCGGCAUCUUCCUGCAGGGGCUGCUUGGCGUCAUGGCCUUCAGCACACUGAUGCUCAAACGCUUCAGAGAACCAAAACACGAACGACGUCCAUGGAGGAUAUGGUUUUUAGACACUUCCAAACAAGCCAUAGGAAUGCUGUUCAUCCACUUUGCCAAUGUAUACUUAGCAGAUCUCACCGAAGAGGACCCUUGUUCACUGUACCUCAUAAAUUUCCUUUUGGACGCCACCGUGGGCAUGCUGCUCAUCUACGUGGGUGUGCGAGCCGUGAGCAUCUUGGUGGAGUGGCAGCAGUGGGAAGCGCUGCGUUUCGGCGAAUAUGGAGACCCGCUGCAGUGCGGAGCCUGGGUCGGACAGUGUGCUCUAUACAUUGUGAUCAUGAUUUUAAAAUCCGUCGUCUUCAUUGUCCUCCUAAUACUUCAGUGGAAAAAGGUGGCCCUAUUGAAUCCCAUUGAAAACCCAGACCUGAAACUGGCCAUCGUCAUGCUGAUCGUCCCCUUCUUUGUCAAUGCUUUGAUGUUUUGGGUAGUAGACAAUUUCCUCAUGAGAAAGGGGAAGACGAAAGCUAAACUAGAAGAAAGAGGAGCCAACCAGGACUCAAGGAAUGGGAGCAAGGUGCGCUAUCGAAGGGCCGCCUCCCACGAGGAGUCUGAGUCUGAGAUCCUGAUCUCGGCUGAUGACGAGAUGGAGGAGUCCGACGUGGAGGAGGACCUCCGCGGACUGACGCCCCUAAAGCCCGUGAAGAAAAAGAAACACCGCUUCGGGCUGCCUGCUGGUGCUCAGGAAGCCCCCAUCAAGAAGAAGCGCCCCCCUGUGAAGGAGGAGGACCUGAAGGGGGCCCGAGGGAAUCUGACCAAGAACCAGGCCAUCAAGUCCAAGACCUACCAGGUUAUGCGGGAGUGUGAGCAAGCUGGUGAGGCCGCCCCGUCGGUGUUCAGCCGCUCCCGGACAGGCACUGAGACCGUUUUUGAGAAGCCCAAAGCUGGACCUGCCAAGAGCGUCUUUGGCUGAGAAGUGCACGCCAUUCCCCUCGCCGUCCCGAGCACCACGGCACAGAAGCCUUUAACAAGAACAUUUCUUUUUUUUUAAUGCCAGAUAAUGCUCUUCCCUCCUGCUGACUCUGGGACUGCCCCCGCCCCCUCCCCCACCCCCACUGCCCUGGCACUUCAGCCGUGGGACUGUGCUCUAGCACCUUGGAAACACCAAUAAAGAGGAUGCCCAAGAA